CUUGACGCUAACCUUUUCGGCAGCUCUGGCGCUUUCUUCUGAACCAUCACCAUGCUACCAUUGGCUCUCUUCAUUCUUCUGUUCAUUUCGACACCAUUAUUCGCGGCUUCUCAGUCCAUUAUCGAUCUCAAUUUCGACGUGCAACGAUGGAAAGAAACUAUAGAAAAUCAAGUUGAACAAAACGGGAUCAAAGACGAGCACAAAACGGGCUUUGCUAUAAAUGUUGGGCUAGAGACGAUGCCUGAGCUGCAGCAGGUUAUGAAGGACCGACACCAACGUUUCGUCGCAGUCUCAGGCGGUCCAGAGUGGCCUUUUGGAGAUUUUUUGGAGGAUUUGACUUCAAUCCAAGCUGCAGCGGAGGCUUAUGUUGAAAAGCUGGAUAACCGUGACCUUGGUCUCAACAAAAUUUUGAAUCACAUUAUACCUUCCCCAGACGUUGCCGGGAAUACUUUGGACACCAUCUCUAGCAUACCACCACCUUUCACUCGUGGCAUAAAAGCACGGGGCCUCAAUAUUAAUUAUCGUCAAGUUGAUGCAUCGACCUCUCCUCAUUCCCCUUUCGACGACAUAAUGCUUCAUCUGAAAUCAUUUUUCGAUACGAUCACCGACGCUCUGGAAUCCAUCAUCAACGAUGCGAAAGUUACGACCCAUGAUGCAAUUGUUGCCAUUCACGAAUUUAUUCAAGACCAAGUCGCGUUCCUGUCGAAAGAAGUUCAAGAAGCUAUUCAAAGCUUUAAGAAGUUCUCUGCCGAACAUCCGUGGAUUGUAGCGAGUGCCAUAGUAGGCCUCGUCGUGUUUGGGGUCACGAUUGCUAUUUCUCCAUAUGCAUAUCUUGCAAUCUUGCGCCUUGUUGGGUUUGGGGAAUUGGGGCCGGUAGCUGGUUCCUGGGCUGCAUUAAUCCAGUCAACUGUAUACGGUGGGGGAACUUCGGGGUUGUUUUCUGUUAUCCAAAGCAUUGCGAUGACGGGACGAAUUAUCUGGCCGAUCAGUGUGUUCACUGGGAUUUUUGUGGUUGCCGUUGGUGCUGCAGCAGCUUUUUGGGGAGGUGAUGCCAUUAAGACGUUUGUCGAGGAGUGGAUGAACCAGGGUGGAGCUUCUUUCCCUAUUCUGCCUGAUGGGACUAUGGUAACUGAGGAAUUGGGGGUGUGGAUGGGCGCGCUGGGUGAAAAGAUGGAACAGACAGGUGUUCCUCAUGGGCAAUGGUUCGAUGUAGUGAUUGAGGCGUUACGCCGACGGUUGGAGACUUUCUGAAAAAGUACUCCGUCUUUCGACCACAAGUCACUCCAGGUUGAUCUGACGUUUCUGAUUUUUGCUGUCUACGAAAUAAAUUCUCCGUUACAUGAUGUCUCAUCAAAUACUUAACGUCAAACAAGGCAGUUUGAAGAAGUAUUCAAUCUAGC